AUUGUGAAAUUCAUAAACUUUUGAAAAAUAAAAUAUGUCGCGACAAACCAUUCAGGACGCUGUAAAUAAAAAAAGUGAAUGUGUAAAGCUUAUAGAAAAUGAAAAAGGCAGGAGUGAUGUGUGGAAGUUUUUCGUUUGUUUAUUAUAAUGGCAAUAUCGUCGAUUUUGUGUGCUGCCGGAGCUGCCAAAUAGUCCCUUUCCGGUAUAGCCAAGAGCGCUCUCGUCGAUUCGGCUUCUAUAUCUUCAAUCGACUUGAAAUAGCCAGAAAUCACACGGAGCCAAAUCAGGAGAAUACGGUGAUUGCGGAACGAUAUACGUCGAAUUCUUGGCGAAAUGGUCACGAAAAGUGCAGUGUGCGACGGUACAUUAUCGUAACGCAUAACGCUCAAAUAAUAUUCCUUAUUAACUGUUUGGCCAGGUGGAAGGAAUCCAUAGAGCACCACACCACGAAAAUUGAAAUAAACUGUCAUCAUAACCUUAAUUUUUAACGACUUUGACGUGCCCUCCUCGGUCUGGCCUCGCCUUUAGCAUGAUAUUCGCAUGAUUGGUCAGUUGUUUCAGUAUCAUAAGCAUAAAUCCAAGUCUCAUCGCCCAAGAUUAUGCAU